AAUCGAAAGUUUUCAACCGAUAAGGGUGUUGCGGACGGUGGAUUUCUACGUUUUAUGGCUCACAAUGCUCUGUGGAAUUUUCCCUGUGGUUAUGAUAAUGUCGCUGUACAAGGUAAUGCAAAUAAAACCCUUUACUCCUCAAGUGAGGACUGUAGCGUCAAGAAUCUUGCUAACAUCUCACGUAUAAUAGGCCAGAAGGAGAUAAAAAACGACCGUUUCUUGACAGCUGUGGGGACGCUUAGCUCAGUGGCCAACAUGCUAGGCCGGCUGAUGUGGGGCGAAUUGGCUGAUCGGAUUUUUUACAAGGCAAGCACUCUUCUUGCAGUUGUGUACGCCAUCUGGUCUUUGCUCUUCCUUGUACUGCCUUUUUCACCUCACGUUCCCAACGUGGGGAUAUACUUAUUUGCAAUCCUCGUCAUCCUCCUCUUCAUUUGCAUCGCUGGUCUAUUUGUCCUCACUCCUUACGCGGUGCGCAAACUCUUUGGCCAGGAGUACUUUGCCGCUAACUUUGGGCUCAUCUUCUCUGCUGUGAACCUCUUCACCCUAGGGCGCUUAUGGCUUUGCAAGUGCGUACAUCAGAGCCGUGUUGUAGAUUUGAUGUCAUCUACGGAGUCGACAUUCACGCUUUCAGAACUUAUGCCCUUCGUUUGA